AUCCUGGGGAGAAGAAAAAACUGAGCAGAUCUGUUGGACAUCUCUGCAGAUUCUGAGAAAGCAGCUGGGCACCGUGGAUGGCGUGGCAGGUGAGUGUCCCUGAGCUGGAGGACCGCCUUCAGUGCCCCAUCUGCCUGGAGGUCUUCAAGGAGCCCAUGAUGCUGCAGUGUGGACACUCCUACUGCAAGGGCUGCCUGGUGUCCCUGUCCCGCCACCUGGACUCGGAGCUCCGCUGCCCAGUGUGCCGACAGGAGGUGGAUAGCAGCAGCUCCCCGCCCAAUGUCUCCCUAGCACGGGUGAUUGAAGCCCUACAGUUCCCUGGGGGCCCAGAGCCCAAGGUCUGUGAGCACCACCGGAACCCGCUCAGCCUCUUCUGUGAGAGGGACCAGGAGCUCAUCUGUGGCCUCUGUGGCCUGCUGGGCUCCCACCAGCAUCACCGCGUCACGCCCGUCUCCACUGUCUACAGCCGCAUGAAGGAGGACCUAGCGGCUCUCAUCUCUGACCUGAAGCAGGAGCAGAAGAAGGUGGAUGAGCAUAUUGCCAAACUGGUGAACAACAGGACCCGGAUUGUCAAUGAAUCUGAUGUCUUCAGCUGGGUGAUUCGUCGUGAGUUCCAGGAGCUGCACCACCUGGUGGAUGAGGAGAAGGCCCGCUGCCUGGAGGGGUUGGAGGGUCAUACCCGUGGCCUCGUGGCCUCCCUGGACAUGCAGCUAGAGCAGGCCCAGGGCAGUCAGGAGCGGCUGGUCCAGGCCGAGCACGUGCUGGAGCAGUUCAGUAAUGAGAGUCACCAUGAGUUCAUCCGGAAGUAUCACUCCAUGGCCUCCAGAGCAGAGCUCCAGCAGGCCCGGCCUUUGGAAGGCACCUUCAACCCCAUCUCCUUCAAGCCAGGCCUCCACCAGGCUGACAUCAAGUUGACUGUGUGGAAGAGGCUCUUCCGAAAAGUUCUGCCAGCCCCGGAGUCCCUCAAGCUAGACCCUGCCACCGCCCACCCCCUCCUGGAACUCUCCAAGGGCAACACGGUGGUGCAGUGCGGCCUUCUGGCCCAGCGGCGUGCCAGCCAACCCGAGCGCUUUGACUACAGUACUUGCGUCCUGGCCAGUCGGGGCUUCUCCUGGGGCCGUCACUACUGGGAGGUGGUGGUGGGCAACAAGAGCGACUGGCGCCUGGGGGUCAUCAAGGGCACAGUGAGUCGCAAGGGCAAGCUGAGCAAGUCCCCAGAGAACGGCGUGUGGCUCAUUGGCCUGAAGGAGGGCCGGGUGUAUGAGGCCUUUGGCUGCCCUCGGGUGCCCCUGCCUGUGGCUGGCCACCCCCACCGCAUCGGCGUCUACUUGCACUAUGAGCACGGAGAGCUCACUUUCUUUGAUGCUGACCGCCCCGAUGACUUGCGGCUGCUCUACACAUUCCAGGCUGACUUCCAGGGCAAGCUCUACCCCAUCCUGGACACAUGCUGGCACGAAAGGGGCAGCAAUGCACUACCUAUGGUGUUGCCCCCGCCCAGCGGGCCUGCCCACCUCACCCCCCAACAGCCCACCAAGCUGUAGGGUUGCUGGUGGGUCUGC